GGUUAGUAAGAGGUAUUUAUUAUCAAUUCAGAAUCAAAGUUUGUACUUGUAAGACUGACUUAAGUUAUCUCUGUCAGAGAACUGAGUGAAGUUAAGUAACUGAGUAAAGGAAAUUUAUGUUGACUUCAUCAUACUGUUAUCUAUUUUAGAUUUGCAUGUUUCAGUUAAUUGCAGCUGUAAUUUUUAUGCUCCUUAGAAAAAAUGGUCAAUUUUUUUCAGUUCUUUUUUUUGCUUGGGAUCUAUAUAAAUUCUCCUCAGUACUAUUAGACCAUUUUUAUUUAUACUUUGGUUUCUUAUAUAUGGUGCUAUUAUGAUGUUUUCAUCAAUGUGAAAGUACCUAACAUCAUGAAACUAAAACAGACGUUAAAGUUGUGACAUAGCUCCCUUAUAUGAAAUAUCUGGAAUGUCAGGUUUUAAUCCAAGAGAAUUUGUUCUUGAACAAUAUGCCUCCAGCUGGAAGUGUACAUCUUUAGAACCUUCCUUACAUUAUUAGUUUGAUGACUGGAAAGUUGAGAACAAGGGCUGAAAAUACGGUUCAAGAACAAUUUUUGUUUCUGUUAUGUUAAGUGCAAUGCAGUUGGUUUUUUAUUUUUGAUUAAAUUUUUAUAAUUUUUUUUAAGUGAGGAUGACAUGCAAAGCAACUUUAGUCAUCUAAGUGAGGCAGAAUUCAAAUCGAGGCUGUCUGAACUGGCAGAGUGCAGUGAUGACGAGGAAGAAGAAGACCAGAGUACACCGAACGAAUCAGAUAAAUUUGCUGACCGUUCCAAACACACUUGGUCUCAGUUUCUAGAUGAGAUGAAAACAUUGGAAUACAAAAAUGUAGCCAUGAUCGAAAAUCCUGUUGCGGAUGUUAUACCGAGCGAGGGCAAUCAAGUCAACGCAAAUCACAGUCUUGGUAGAGACGUAGCACUCACACAGCAACAAACAGAAGCUGAACAAUCAGAAAGCAAGAGCAGCAAACUUUUGGAAAGAAACAGAGAAAGAAGAAAAGUUGUCAGCGCCAACUUAGGAGAUUUAACGGAAUGCGAAGAAGAGGAAGAGGAGGAUGAAGAUCUGUCUGCUAACUUCUCUACUUCGCCUUUGUCUUCAUUGAGUUCUAUUAAAAACAAAUUUCAUUUCUCGUUAUCCGGAAAAAACAAGCGCAAACCAUCGGACUCAUCAUCUGAAGACACUCAAGGUAAUAUCGAGGGCGUUCCCACCGAAAGUAAAGAAAACAGAGUUUCGGAAUGGCUACAGGGAAAUCUUAACGACGAUGGUCUUAAUCAAAUGAGAGUAGAACAACUCGAGAAAGACAACAUGAAUCUGAGAGCUGCUUACCAGAAACUUGUCACAAAGGUCACUGACUUGGAAAAUGAGAAGGCAGACAUCAACUCUGAAUUGGAACAGUUGAAAUUACUGGCCAAAUACAAGAAGACCGACUUUGUCAAGGAGAGAGAGGAGUUACAAGCAGAAAUAACAGAGUUGCAGUUGUUAGUGGAAGACUUAAGGACGCAGCUCGGAGAAGCGGAAUCCAAGUUGGAAAAGUCAACAGAAAAGGAAAAAGUUUCAUCAGAUUAUGAAUCGUGUCAAGUCAGAGGCUGGUUAUGCAAGAGAGGCGUGAAAGGAAUCACAGGAAGAAAAUGGAGACGCCGCUGGUUUUCAACGGACCGUGAUGGCAGGCUCUACUACUAUCAGAAAAACAACAACACCUUGCCAAGAGGAUUCAUCGAUCUUGAUGUGAUUAUCGCCGUCCAAGACCAGCCCUCUUCACAGCAAGACAUCAACAACGCUUGCUUCAAUGUCGUGACACCCACACGGACGUACGAGUUAAUGGCGCACGACGAACAAGAAAAACUCAGGUGGAUCAAUGCUUUGGAUUACCUGCGCCAUUGGAGAAAUCGAUUGGCAUCGUGUAAUGAAAACUAUUAAACCACACGAGUCUUGCUCCGUCCGGCUACAAGUGUUGGUUGUCAAAUGGAUACCGUAAACUAUCACUAAAAAGCCCUCCCACUC